CUCUUUUGCUCUCUCCUUAUCUCCUGCCCACUGCUUAUUAGAAUUUUUUUGGUCUGUUUAUUGAACCAUGGAUCGAUCAGGCAAGCGCGCCCAGUUUACGCCCGCAGAGCACAAGUUCCUGACCGGUCUGCGCACCGGGCCAGCCAACUUUGAGUUCAAGAACUGGGCAAACACAUUCAGCUCAAAGCCAAUGCUGUACCUGGCCCCGCAGACCGAGGGCGAAAUCAUCGAGCUUGUGCGCAUCGCCAACAAGCACCGGCUUACAAUCAAACCCAUCGGCUGCGGACACUCGCCGUCAGACAUUGCCUGCACCGAUGCGCUGAUGCUAAACAUGGACAAGUUCAACCGCGUGCUGGCACACGAUCCAUAUGCGUGUACGCUGACGGUCGAGGCGGGCGUGCGUCUGCACCAGCUGCACCAGAUGCUGCACCAGCGCAACAUGGCUCUGAGCACCCUGGGCAGUAUCUCGGAUCAGAGUAUCGCUGGCGCCAUCGCCACCGCCACCCACGGCACUGGAAUGGACUACAGCGACCUCAGCGCUAUGGUCAUCGAAUUAGUCAUCAUCGAUGGGUCGGGCAACCGCCUGAAGUGCAGCACAGCCCAGAACAAGGACCUGUUUGAUGCAGCCCGUUGCAGCCUGGGUGCACUGGGCAUCAUCACGCAGCUGACCCUGCAGUGCGAGCCAGCCUUCACUCUACAUGCGGUGCAGACACCUGAGAACCUCGACAACAUCCUCAACAACCUGAGCGAGGUCGUGUACUCGGCCGAGCACGUGCGGUUCUGGUGGUUCCCCCAUACCGACUCGACUGUGGUCUGGCGUGCCAACCGCUCGUCGCUGCCACCACAGCCGUCACCCGAGUCGUUCUUGCGUGACCGCCUGUACGGCUUCCACUACUACCAGCUCCAGCUCUACAAGGCCCGCUUCAACCCUGACAGGAUCCCAAAGCUAACCGAGGAGCACUUUAGCAACCGCUUUGACCGCAGGAUCGAGUGGGUAGAUGACAGCUUCAAGGUGUUCAACUUUGACUGUCUCUUCCCGCAGUAUGUCAACGAGUGGGCUGUGCCGUGGGAGAAUGCUGCCGAGGCCCUGCGCCAGCUGCGCAUCUGGAUCAAUGCCCAGGCACGCGAUCCCAAGGGCGUCCGUGUGCAUUUCCCAGUCGAGGUGCGUUUUGUCAAGGAAAACGACGUCUGGCUCAGUCCUGCAUACCAGCGUACCGUCUGUUACAUUGGCGUCAUUAUGUACCGGCCCUACCACAAGGCAGUGCCGUACAAAAAAUACUGGAAGGUCUACGAGGAUAUCAUGCGCACCCUAGGUGGCCGCCCGCACUGGGCCAAGGCACACAAGAUGUACUACUAUGAUUUGCUGGACGCAUACCCCAAGUUCGCCGACUUUGCCAAGCUGCGCGCCCAGUGCGACCCGAACAACGUCUUUGUCAACGACUACAUUGCACGCCAUCUGCUUUCCCCCAGCGAGCAGGCAGAUCUGCUAGCGGCUGGCGACACUUCAUCCAAGAUCACAGACGAGCAGCCCAAGCUCUAG